AUGAGUAUCCCCAAAGACACACCAAAGACCAAUGAAUCACACCCUCAGCACAACCAAACCCACCCCUCCGACACUACAAGUACUACUAAACAAGCCAAUCCAACAGCCCCUUCUUUCAAGACGCAUCCACAACGACGCUUCGCUACACUACAUGCACCAGUCCGCAUAAAGCCUGUAAGACAACCCACUGUCCCACCUGCCUCUAGCGAUCUGCACUCUGGGAAAGCCCAAAACUUUAUAUGGCCUGGAAAAGACAUUCAAGGGCAAUUUAGCUUUCGCUUCAAAAAUGAACAUGUACAUGUAGACGGUAGCCUUCAAUAA